CUCCGGAGCGUCGCGCGGCACGCCUCCUUCCUCCGCGAGCCGGUUCAUCGCCUUGAGCUCCGCGAUCUGCGCCCGGAGCUGCUCGUUCUCCACGCCCAGCGACGCGUAGCGCAUCUUGUUCAUGACGAGCUCCAUGUGGCCGGCCUCCAGUGCAUUGUUAGGUGUCGCGUCGUCAAUAAGUUGCCGGUGCGCGGGAUCUAAGUCAUCUGCCUUCUCGGAUUUCGACUCCUCAUGCCCAUAUUUCUUCUCCUGCAUCCUUCUUAACUCUUUCUCGACCUCGGACUCGCCUUCGCUGCCACCGGUGCAGAGCUCGAACGCGUCUCGCAGCUCCUGUAAUUCUUUGGCCGCCUGUUCGAGGUCCUUGUGCGCCUCGAUGCCUUCGAGUUGCAGCUUCCGUUGUUGUUUCUCCAAGGCUUGGGCUUCCUGCAGCGUAUCUCCCGCGGCCUUUGUCGCGCGCGAAGCUCUAGAUUGCAGUUCACCAAAGGCCUCGGCCGGGUCCCUCCGGAUGUUUUCGUUCUCCUCCUCCUCAACUUUUAAUUCCGCGGCGUCGAACUGCGCCUUCACGUCCGCCGGCAGGUCCCUCUCGAGCUCGGCUAAAAACGAGUCGAGCUCCGCGGACAUCUCUUCCAGCUUGGCGCUCGCCGCGUCCAGGUCCAAAUUAUCUUCCGUACAUUCCCCCGCAAUGGCCUCGAAGCGCGCCUUGAGGGCCUCGGACUUGCCGAGGGCUGCCGCGUCGGCGUCGGUGGGUUCGAAGGAGGCCAUAGCUCUGUGUCCGUGGGGCGGGGCUGCCUUCGUCACGACGGGAGCAGUCUCUGCCUUUUGCGGCGUGGUCCGGGGGCAGCCGUUGGCCGUGUUUCGUCCGUGCAGCGCUUGGAUUAGUUUGUCUACUUGCUAG